UUAAUUAGUCAAAUCAAUUAAAAGCGAUUAUAAUUACACACAGAGAAACAGAUAACCACCAAUUUCGAGGCGUGCAAAUGCUCGAGAGGGAGAUUUCUAUGAACUUUUCUUGGAAAGGAGCGUUAAUUUUGUUCCCACCGAGCUCGUGACCACCCUUCUUUUCCCUUUACGUCAAGACUGUGCGGUGUGGGUGGUGGCUCUACUGGUGGUAGUGGCGGUUUCAGCUAUGUAAGAAAAAAGAAGAGAACAACGGGUAACCGGUGUGGAUCCACAUUGCUCAUGUGCCUCCGAUCUGAAUCUACCAUUCUUUGAUCUCUGCGUUCUGUAGCUUGAUUCAGUCUUUUUCAUUAGGGAAACACUUGGUUGGCGUGAUUGACAAGAUGUCAUUCAAGAACAUUGUACGCGAGAUGAAGGAGAUGAAAGAUGGGGUAGGUAGCAUAUCGAGGCGAGGGGUUGAGGGAAAGCAUUGGCGCAGCCGGGCUAGGUCGCAUAUAGCCCCUGAUUUAGCAGCUCCUUCUCAGCCAAUCGAGCAAGGGCAGUGGGCGAAUUUACCGCCCGAACUGCUUUUGGACGUUAUCCGGAGGGUUGAAGAGAGCGUGACAUCUUGGCCUGCUAGAACAGUUGUUGUCUUUUGUGCUUCAGUUUGUAAAUCAUGGAGGGAUAUAACAAAGGAAAUUGUCAAGCCUCUGGAGGAAUGUGGGAGGCUCACGUUUCCCAUAUCAUUAAAGCAGCCGGGCCCCCGAGAUGCUCCAAUCCAGUGCUUUAUCAAGAGGGAUAGGACAACUUCGACUUACUGCUUAUACUUUGGUCUUACACCAUUGGCAGCUGAGGACCAGAGUGACAAACUACUGUUAGCUGCAAAAAAGAUCAGAAGGGCAACAAGCACAGAAUUUGUAAUAUCCCUGGUUCGGGAUGAUUUCUCACGAGCCAGCAACACAUACCUUGGAAAACUUAGGUCUAACUUCCUGGGGACCAAGUUCACCGUAUAUGACAGCCAACCUCCAAAUGAUGCUGCAGUUCAACAUAAUAGCUUUCUGAGUCGAAGAUUUCACUCUAAACGAGUAUCUCCAAGAUUGCCUGCUUAUAACAAUAGUGCUGCAACUGUUUCAUAUGAACUCAAUGUUCUUCGAACAAGAGGUCCAAGGAGAAUGCAAUGCAUCAUGCAUUCAGUUCCUGUCUCUUCUAUACAGGAGGGGGGUGCUGCCCCAACACCAACAUCGUUUCCACAAAUUAUUGAGAAGUCUUCUCCCCGACUGGUCUCAAAAGGGAAGGAGCCAGAAACAUAUUUCAGCUCCCCCAACCUGUCCCCCAACCUGUCGAGUUUUGGGGAGCCACUUGUUCUUAGAAACAAAGCCCCAAGAUGGCAUGAACAGUUGCAGUGCUGGUGCCUUAAUUUUAAAGGCCGUGUUACAGUAGCUUCUGUAAAGAAUUUCCAACUUGUGGCCGCUUUUGAUCCUUCUCUUAACAUACCAGCUGCUGAACAAGAAAAAGUAAUUUUGCAGUUUGGAAAGAUCGGAAAAGACAUCUUCACCAUGGACUAUUGCUACCCUAUAUCUGCCUUCCAAGCUUUUGCAAUUAGCUUGAGCAGCUUUGACACUAAACCUGCUUGUGAAUGAAUGAUUUUCUUGCAUAUCCUUUCCAUUUUCUAAAUUAUGUUUCUUUGCUGUUUGAAAUGGGCAUAUUUUAGUGGAGAAUCUUUGAUGUGCAGGAAGUAGUUUAUCUAUUAGCUGCUCAGAUAUAGCAAAUGUUAAGUAAGCUCCAUAUUUGAUAUAUUUUUGGAUACUUGAAUGUAUUAUCAUUUCAGCUUGC